GUAUCUCCAGAUCGGCCAUUUUCGCCUGGGCUACACUGGCAGUUCUGUGGUGAUAUUGAAUGCCAAGGGUGGAAUGGGCACCGAUAGGCUGAUUGAGCAGUGGCACAGCAAUGGUCAUCUUGACGUCAAGAACGUUCCAGCCCUUACCAACCGUGGCCUUCGUUUCAACUUCGUGAAUCGGUCCACGCAUAAAUUCCCUUGUCCUCAGAUCGGCGAUUUGGCCUUCGGCCCCUGCGAUCAGAGUUUUGGUGCCUGGGGCGAUCGCUUCGUGCAGCUCGGCGAGUUUCGCCUGGCGGCCAUCGAUUUUCACCACUUCAGUGGGACGGACACACAUUUAACGGGCCGUGGCCCGACAGCAGAUUUCAACGCCUGGAGCAAGGAGUUCGUCGCCGGGCCCGCGGCCGGCGUGAGAUUUGGCGACCACUUCAUCGAGCUACAUGGCUUUCACAUUGGCUCGGUGCGUCACGAUCACAAAGACUACCUGACCAUCUCGAAUCCGCACUUCCAUGGUGGGCAGUUUUCCCAUACUUGCAUUCUCGCGUCCGGUGGCAUGCAAACACACCUGCAUUUCGACGGCUUGUAUGCUGGUCCACAUGCACGUGUCGAAGAGGCGCCGAAGGGCAUCACUUUUGGCGAUCGCUUUGUGCAGAUCGGCAAGUUUCGCAUUGGAGACGUGGAUGGAAAGCGGUUCUACGUGGCGCACGUGGGCGAGGAUGAAAGCGACGAGGGUGGCAAGUACCACCUCAGAAGGACGAUGAACAAAGACGAUGGUUCGCACGUAUAUUUACCAGCAGCACCAGCAGAAAACGAAGCCAUCGGUGACACUACUGUGGCGCCUCUUCACGCCGUGCAAGGUCACCGAGAUUCACUGAGCCCCAGUGUCAGCGUGCACCGAUACAUUCCAUAG